AGGAAUUUAAAAAAAUUUAUAUACUUCACCCAAUGCAAUCUGUAAUUAAUAACGAAAUUAAACAAAAAGAUCGAUUAGACAAACAAGAUAAUCAAGUGUUUUUAAUUAAAUUAGCUCAAACUAAAUACUAUCAACAAAAUUGUUUUAGUAAUAGAGUUGAUUCAAAUAUUGCACUUAGUAGAUUUCUUAAAAUCAAAGCAAUGUCAUAUACUGAAAGCAAUAUUUGUUUUUUAGAGAUGAUCGAUGCUAGUACUAAAGAAGAUAUUUUAGUAAAUGGUAUACUAAAACAUGGACUUGUUUCGAAAAUUUAUAGUUUAACUGAUCAAAUCAGCAAUUCAGCAAUUUCUUUUACAACUGUUUUAUAUAUUUUAAAGUUUAUUACUAAUUUUGCUAAUCAACAUGGCCUUCCAUCACCAG